UUCGAGACAGAACAAACAUAUGGGUAAUGGAUCAUCUUCUCAACAGUAUAAUGAUGCUACCCUAGCACCCUUGGCACCGUUCCCAUAUCAGACAGGGCUGAUCAAGAGCUUGUGCUUUCCAUACGAGAUUACUCUCAAACUGAAGGAGCAAGCCGGUUGGGAAAGGUCAGAGGAGUGA